UCAGCGAUCGACGCCAAGCCAAGCCUCGUCGCCGAACCGAGCCACCAGUCAGUCAGUCACUCACGCACCCCCUGCAGUCCCAGGCCAGGCUGUGCUGCGCGCGGCGAUGGCUACGUCGUCGACGCUGGGCCAGACGCAGCGGUACGCGGCGGGGGCGCUCCUGGCGCUCGCGCUCCGCCAGGCGCAGACGCACCAGACCGUCCUCCUUGGCUCCCACGGCCUCGACGACGAGCCCCACCCGGACGCGGCCACCGCCGUCGAACCCGACGCCCGCGACCUCUGGACACACGAGUCCCGCGGCCUCCUCCGCCCCGUGCUCAGGUUUCUUGAGAUCGACCCCAAGGCCUGGGUCGGUGUGGAGAAGACGGCCGCGUCCUCUGAUCCCAAGCACCACAUUGGCGCCUUCCUGCGUAAAGUGAUCGAGGACGAAGACGACGACGACAAGGCCCGGUCGGAGCGAUCCGAUCAGGAGCUGGCGCUCGCCAAGGCCGUGGACGCGAUGGCCAUGGGCCUGGAGUGCGGCGUCGUCGGAUGCGCCGCCGAGGCGCUCAAACCGGCCGAGAGCCGCCACGGCUCCAACUCCGACGACCCGGCGCUGGCGGCGGCGUCGACGACGCGCACCAAGGACUCCCGGAAGAUGGCGGUGCUGUACAUGCUCCUGUCCGCGUGCGUCGCGGACGUGAACAUGGCCGAGGAGGGCAUGGGGUCCCCGCGCGUCACCAAGGGCUACGACGCCCGCCACCGCGUCGCGCUCCGCCUGCUCGCCACCUGGCUCGACGUCACCUGGAACAAGAUGGAAGCUGUCGAGAUAAUGGUUGCUUGCUCUGCUAUGGCUGCAGCAAAGGAGGAAGAACAGUCACGUGAGAGUUCGUCACCGAAUAGCAGAUGGGAGAACUGGAAGCGUGGAGGGAUCAUCGGCGCAGCCGCGCUGACAGGAGGAACACUGAUGGCUAUAUCUGGGGGCUUAGCAGCCCCAGCAAUUGCUGCAGGGUUCACUGCUCUAGUUCCAACAUUGCAUACACUUCUGCCUAUUAUAGGUGCUAGUGGUUUUGCUGCCAUAGCUACUGCUGCUGGACACACUGCUGGCUCUGUAGCUGUUGCAGCAUCGUUUGGAGCUGCUGGAGCUGGGUUGACUGGGACCAAAAUGGCCACAAGAAUUGGAAAUGUGAAAGAAUUUGAGUUCAAGACCAUCGGCCAGAACCAUAACCAGGGUCGCCUAGCAGUUGGCAUCUUUAUUUCUGGAUUUGCCUUUUCUGAGGAUGAUUAUUCAAAGCCUUGGGAAGGAUGGAAAACUAACUUAGAGAGGUACAUUUUGCAGUGGGAGUCUAAGCAUGUAAUUGGCGUCAGCACAGCAAUACAGGAUUGGCUAGCAUCAAGAUUAGCAAUUGAGUUGAUGAGGGAAGGUGCAAUGCAGACUGUGUUAAGUGGUAUUAUUUCAGCAUUUGCCUGGCCUGCUACCUUGGUGUCUGCUGCAGACUUUAUCGACAGCAAAUGGUCUGUUGCUAUUGACAGGUCAGAUAAAGCUGGGAAAAUGCUUGCUGAGGUUCUGCUCAACGGAUUGCAAGGAAGCAGGCCUGUCACUCUGGUCGGGUUUUCGCUAGGAGCUCGUGUUGUUUUCAAGUGCCUGCAGGAGUUAGCGCAACUGGGAAAUAACGUGGGAAUCGUUGAGAGGGCCGUGCUCAUAGGUGCGCCGGUUUCAGUUCAAGGUGAGAUGUGGGAGCCUGCCAGGAAGAUGGUCGCCGGAAGGUUUGUGAACGUGUACUCCACGAACGACUGGAUUCUCGGCAUCACUUUCCGCGCUAGCCUAUUCACACAAGGUUUGGCCGGCAUCCAGGACGUACAUGUCCCUGGAGUAGAGAACGUUGACGUUACCGAGCUCGUUGUCGGGCACUCUUCGUACCUGUCGCUUCUCGAGAAAAUUCUCGACCAUCUUGAGCUAAACACCUACUACCCUGUGUUCCAUCCCUGCACAGAAUAAAGAGCGCCGUGCAAUGCCCAUGCAUGGGUUACAUACUGUGUUUCAGAGUUUGCACAGCCGGCAGCUACAGCUACCCUGAAUUUAGCGAUAGACUAUACAGUAAAUAAAGGGAUGUUCUGCUGAA